AUCCAGUGUUCCUAUUCCUUUCCGUAGCUGAGAUUUAUAUAUAGAAAGAAACGGGAACUCAGACUUCACGUGGUAUUUUCUGAUAAGGAGAUUUAAAAAAACCAGUGAUCUCAAAAUCCAAUGCAUAUUUCCGGAUAAAGAGAUUUAAAAAAUGCUCUUAAAAUUCACGUGAUAUUUUCUGAUAAGGAGAUUUUAAAAAAAACUGAAAGAGGAAAAAGAAUGCUCUCAAAAUUCACGUGAUAUUUACCGAUAAAGACAUAAAAACAACAACAUAAAUUUCAAAAUUCACGUGAUCUAUACUGAUAAGGAGAUUAAGAAUCUGACAGUCAAUGAGACACGAUGGAGGGGGGGAGGGGGAGUUGGCACUGUGUGAGGUCCGUUGGCACUCAUUGGCUUGGCUUCGUCGCGACAGGACUGGGCUUUCAUGGCGAAUGUGGAGAGUAUGGGCGUCCCGGGCGUGUGUGUUGGUGUCGCUUACUCUGUGGGUGAUAGGAAAUUCGUGGGCGGCGGCGCUAGAGGCCAGCACACACGGCGGCGAGGGCGCGGGCGGCGACGGCAACGCCAGCGCCCAUGACGACGGCAACGGCAGCUGCCACAGCGAGGAGCACGAGGGCGGGAUCCACCUCCUGUCCUUCCGGUGGAACGAGGUGGGCGUCUACUACACCGUCACCACCUUCGUCAUCGUCGCCGGCCUCUGCAAAGUCGCAUUCCAUCAGAUCCACUGGCUCUCCAACAAGAUCCCAGAGUCCUGUGUCCUGAUCAUCUUGGGCGUCUUACUGGGCAUCGUCGUCUUCUUCACCGUUGAGCCUGGCUGUCUGAUGUAUUACUCACCAGCGAAUGAAGUAGAAAGUGAUGGCAACGGAACCUCAACCUGUAGCUACAACUUCGAGGUUCCUCACUUUACGUCAGACAAGUUCUUCUUUGUUCUACUCCCCCCCAUCAUCUUAGAGUCUGCAUACUCCCUCCAUGACCGCGCCUUCUUUGACAACUUAGGCACAGUCCUCGUGUUUGCCGUGAUUGGAACGCUGUUCAAUAUCUUCACCAUAGGUCCAGCUCUGUAUGGUGUUGCACAAGGAGGUCUAAUGGGCGCCAUUGCUAUUGGCUUCACAGAGACCUUAGUAUUUUCAUCCCUCAUCUCAGCCGUGGACCCCGUGGCAGUGUUAGCCAUUUUCCAGGAGCUUGGCGUUAACAAAGAUCUCUAUUUCCUUGUCUUUGGGGAAUCUCUUCUCAAUGACGGCGUCACCAUCGUCGUGUACACCACCUUGACCUCGUUCGUCACCAUGGAGGUCAUCUCGGCAGGUCAAUAUGCCUUAGCCGUCGCCUCCUUCUUCAUCGUGGUGUUUGCGGGGGCGGUCAUCGGCAUUCUGUUCGGAUGCGUGACGGCGCUCAUCACCAAGUACACGGCUGAAGUCAGAGUGGUGGAGCCCCUGGCACUCCUAGGUCUUGCGUACCUCUGCUACCUCACGGCGGAACUCUUUCAUUUCUCAGGAAUCAUCAGUCUCAUCAUGUGUGGACUCUUCCAGGCAAAUUAUGCCUUUCAGAAUAUUUCGCAGAAGUCUUACACGUGUGUCAAAUACUUCACUAAGAUGGCCAGUGCCACAAGCGACACUAUCAUCUUCAUGUUCUUGGGAAUGGCCUUGGUGAGCAAAGACCAUAUUUGGCACCCUGGCUUCAUCCUGUGGACAAUUGGGUUCUGCUUAAUCUUCAGAUUCAUUGGGGUAGCUCUUUUAACCAUAGUCAUGAAUCAUUAUCGAAUGAAGAAGAUUGGUCUCCAAGAACAAUUCAUCACAGCGUAUGGGGGCUUAAGAGGAGCUGUGGCCUUCUCUCUGGCCAACAUGUUAGAUCAAACAGUUGACCCGAGGAGGAUAUUUAUCACUACAACGCUUAUGGUUAUAUUAUUCACAGGUUUCAUACAGGGAAUAUCAAUCAAGCCCCUGGUGAACCUCCUCAGAAUACAGAAGAAGCGUUCAGACCAUAAGAAACUGAAUGAAGAAAUCAAUGACACUGCCAUGGACCACAUCAUGGCGGGCGUCGAGGAGAUUCUAGGGCAGCACGGAGACUUCUAUCUUCGGGAGCUGAUUAUUCACUACAAUGACAAAUAUCUCAAGAAGUGGUUUGUCAAGCCUUGUAGUGAAUCCAAGCUCACGAGACUCUUCGAGAAAAUUGCAAUUUCAGAACACUAUGCUCAUCUCUACGGUCCAGUGGCGAUGAUUGAAGAUAAAGUGAAGCCUUUAGUGACGAAAUCCGCUGCGUCGAAGAGAAUUCGCACAAUUUCCGUGUCUCCUUCGCAUAAUGAUGAAAUUUUGCUGCAGCCCAAUUUAAGCUUAGAAGACGAAGAAGACGAUGAAUUUGAAGAACAGGAGAACAAGGUUAUCCAACCAGCUGAACCAGUAGAGCUGAGAAGGAAGCCCUCGUACUUACCUAUAAGGAGGAGUCGAGUGGCAUCAGAAUCCAGUGUCACCGAGCCGCAGGUACAGCGGUCACAUGAUGCACAAGCACUGCGGAAAGCAUUCAGAAACAACCCAUACAAUAAGCUCCAUUACAAGUACAACCCAAACCUCGUGGGGGAGGAGGACCAGGAGCUAGCGGAGCACCUGCAUCGCCGACACCUGAACGCCCGCCGCAUGACGCGCCUCGCAUCCUGUUCCCGUCUUCCUGUAUCCAACAUUGUCGAGUCUUUACGACCUAAAACAGAAAUAAGUUUUGGGCACCUUGAAGAUGGUGUCGCAGAGCUGGUGCAACGCCAUCAUGAACGUCGGAGCACCAUGUCCUUGCGCAGACGUCCUCAUCCAUUGCAAGCCUGCUUCUCUUCCCCUGAACCUGGAAAUCCCAUGGCUUCACCUACCAUUCUGAGGGAGCUUCGGGAGGCCUCAGAACCCCGGUCCAGCCUUCCUGACAUCAGAGAUCAUGACUCGCACUCUCGCCUGAGUGCUACAGCCUCCGCGAGGGGAGAGCGGCAGCCUUUAUUCCCAGACAGGUCAAAGAGUGAAGGGACAGCAAACCCUGAUGUAAAUACCAAAUAAAAUUUAAGAAGAAUUUCCCCUAUGGUUGCACACUACAACCCAACCAUCAGCCCAAAAGAAACCAGAUUCAGAAAAUGAGGAUGUGGUUUGAUGAAUUAUCCAAAAUCUGGAAGCACAAAUAAACAUUGAAAAAAGAUAUGUGUAACUAGGUCUACUUUCUUUCCCAAAAAGGGGGUUCCCCUUUGGGGGUUUACCAAAAUGCAUAUGGUACAAGUGAGAUUUUAGCAUUGUUUAUAUUUGCUACUUUAUAGAGGUAGUAACUGAGAGUUGUUUUAACUUACUCUGGAACUGAUGCAAAACUAGUUAUUUUUUUAGUGUUCUCUUGUAACAUAUUUAUAUCAAUAAUUCAUCCAUGUUAUUAAAUGCCACUGAGGCUGGUGCGUUGAUUAGUUUUCUAAAUUAAUUGAAUGGUAAUAUGACAAUGUCUAUUCUUACUGUUGGAUAUUCAACACUUUGUAGAUAGUACCAAAUCUAUAUGUUGUUUAAUGCAUAUACCUACAAGUUAUGUACAAUAAAGAAUAUAUUUUCUCUUGAGAAAUGAAUACAUAAAUUUUGAG